AUGCCGAAUCUCGGCCUGUGCAUUGGCCGUCCUGACAGCGCUGCGGCCACGAUACCACCGCCGCCUCACAUGAAUAGAUCAUCACCCCCGGCGCUCGCCGCCGCUGCCGCAGCAUCCUCAGCUGUAGCCGCAGCAGCUGAAGCAGCAAGCACACAGGCACCAAGAAUACCUGCUGCGGCUGCUGCUGGCUUAGCCUUAUCGCAAGACAGCGUCGUGGGAUUAUCCGUGCCUUUAUUACCACCGGCAAGACCGCAAGGACUCCGUGCCGCGUACUUCCACGAGGAGCAGGAUCAGAAGCCGCAGAUUAUCCGAGCUAUGGGGGGCAACGAGCAGCAGCAGCAGCAGCAACAGCAACAGUGGCAGCAGCAGCAACAGUGGCAGCAGUGGCAGCAGUGGCAGCAGUGGCAGCAGCAGUCGCAGCAACAGCAGCAGCGACAGCGCGCCUCAGGGAAUCUUGCACAAAGCAGGGGCCUCGGCGCACUCUUCGCUCCAUCCGCUACUGCUACUACCGCUCCAAACUCGCCGCCCUCUCCGCAGCCCUUCAGACACCCUCUCGCUGCCUCGUCCUCCCCUGCCGCACGCUCCUCCGCUCAAGGCGGCACAGCCGGGUUCUCCAUCACGCCGGUUGAACCUUCACCGGCUCCCACCGCCCCUGGUUCACCCCUCCACCGGGAGGGGGAGGCAGAAGGGGGAGGAGGAGAUGAAGGUGGUGUGGGGAUCGGUGUGGGUCGAUGGAGAGCGUCAGAAACGAGCUUUGGAGGCCCUGCGAGUACUACAGUGGCUGGAUUCCCCCCCAUCCAUUCUGAUCAGCAGGCUGCUACGGCUGCACCUGCCGCAGGGGCCGCACCGUGGCUAGCCAGCCCUGCACUGAGCAAUCUUCUCAAGAGAGAAACCCCGGAGUCUGCACCUCGCGCUGCUCGCGCUGCUGCUACUGCUGCUGCUACCACGAACCACCCCCCAUCGAGCCCAACCACUGCGUCUAGCCUCUCACCGGCUCUUACACCGUCCUUUCCGCCGGUUCUUCACCCGCCUCAUUCCCCUUCUCCGUUUCAUCCCUUUGGGUUUCCCACUCCACAUCUUCCUGCUGCCCAACACUCCCCGGCCCCCGCCCCGGCCGGUGCCCUCUCUCCUCCAUCUCACAGUCAUGGAAACACAUCAGCAACAUCAUCAUCGUCCGCGGUAGCGGCCGCCGCAGCAGCUAUUCUUGCAGCCGCGGGGGUUUCGAUGCCAAAUCCUGGUGCUGCUUCUUCUUCUGCUGCUGCUGUUGCUGCUGCUGCUGCUGCUGCUGCUGCUGCUGCUUCUGCUGCUCCUCCUCCUGGAGUGGGGGGUUCAGCAGCUACACCAUCGGCCAUCACUCCCAUCUUGCCUUCCAUCCACGCAUCCGCGACAACCCAGCAGCACCGGAUGCAAACGAACCAGAACCUACUAGCACCGCACUCACAGCCCUUCUCCCAGGAGCAAUAUCAGCUCCACGCCCUUCUCAGCCUUGCCGCUGCUGGCCUCAUUCCCUCUUCCACUGCUGCAUCAUUAGCCCAACACCCCGCACCCCCACCUGCACCAUACACUCGCACAGCCUCUCAUCCUGCGCCUUUCGGGGCCAUGUCUCCUACGACGAGCACGGCUCCUGCGUUUGGUCCCCCUGCUUCUGCUCCUCAGUCGUUCCCUCAUACUCUCCUCUCUUCUCCAGCUGCUUUCUUCCACCCUGGAGCCAGCACGGCAGGAAACGCUACCUUCAGCCCUGCAGGGAACACACCGCCAGCGUCCAAUCUCGUGGCUGCUGUUGCUGCCGUUGCCGCCGCAAUUGCUGCGGCUGGGGGCAAUUCGGGGCACGUUCGUGCGCCUGUUGCUGGUUCCAGCGGCGCUGCUUUCAACCCUGGUGCUCCGAAUCCGAACACAGGUGGUGGUGGCAUAGGCAGUGGUGCAGGUGAUGGGGCUAGGGAUCCAAUCAGGCAGCUGCUGUUCCCCUCAGGGGUCACCCAUGCACCUGAGGGUAUUGUUCGGAUGCUGCAGCAGCAGCAGCAGCAGCAGCAGCAGCAGCAGCAGCAGCAGCAGCAAAGGCAGCAACUGGAGCAACAACAACAACAGCAUCCGCAGUACCAGCUUCAGCAGCAGGUUGGGAGCAGCAGCGAGCAACAGCAGCACGGCCCAACGCACACAUGGGAGCACGGCCUAGAGAGGUGGCGGGCAACCGCGGAGAAACGAGAAACAAGCGCACGGGAAGGAGAGAAACGAGCCUCCAGCAAUCAAGCGGAGGAGAACGCAUGGAGGGAUAGUGAAGACGGGAGGAUCGGGAGGAAACGGGUGCGGAACAGAAGCGGGCAGGAAGGGCAGCAGCGCGGCGCAGGCAGCGCUAUGGGUAGUUUCGGCAGUGGCAGUGGCGGCACCAUGGGCAGUGGCAGCUACGACCUCACACCAGCAAAGCAGGAACCCUUAUGCAGUGCUGCUGGCGGUGGUGAUGCUAGCGGGGGUGCUGCUGCUGGUGGUGCUGCUGCUGCUGGUGGUUGUGGCAGUGGUAGUAGAGAGGGCGAAAGGCGAACAUGGUGUGGGACGGAAAUACCAGAUGCUCGGUUCAUUAGAAGUCCUGCCCGGGGGGGACGCACCAGGAGAAGGUUUGUUCCUGCUCCUCUUGGGUCUGACGCUGGAGCUGGUCCUCCUGGCAAUACGCUUGCUGCUGCUGCUGCUGCUGAUGCCGCUGCUGCUGGUGCCGCUGCCGGUGCUGCUGCUGAUGUGGAAGGUGUGGAUGAGGAUACUGAUGAUGAUAUCGAUGGGGACGGAGGAGGAGGGGGUGCGUCUGGGGGCCAUGCGGCACAGCAACAGGAGUGGAGUCCCCAGGACGUGGCGGAGGGAGAGGAGGGCAGCGAGUGGGCCAUGCAGACGCGCGGGGGUGGGGCGCACUCCACCCGCCCGCGCAGCGUGGCGGAGCGGAACAGACGCAGCAAGAUCAGUUCCCGCCUGGACCGCCUAAAGGAGUCGCUCCCCAUCUGGAAUCCGCGCAUGGACACGGCGACGAUGCUAGACGAGGCUGUCAACUUCAUCGCGCUGCUGAAGAAGGAGGUUCGUCGACUACACGUGGAGCGCGACGAGCUCGCCAGCCGCCUCCCCCCCGACGCCAAACCGCCGGGUGCGAAAGUCGCCGCCGCGGACGACAAGCUAGUAGAAGCGGAUGCGACGAAAGGGAAACGGAAAUUGGAUGAAGAUAGUAGCGGGGCUCGCUGA